AUGUCUGGUUCUUCAUCAAGCGCUUCUGCAGACGAUCGCCUGGAUGACGUGCAGCAUAUAAGACGUCCUCUAACACCCGGCGUCUAUGUUCCAACCAUGUGCUUCUUCGAUGCAGAUACAGAAGACGUCGACACCGCUGCAAUUGCCGCUCAUGCUGUGCGACUCGCCCAAGCUGGUGUAACAGGCCUUGCGACGCAGGGUUCCAACGGAGAGGCCGUUCAUCUCUCCCACUCAGAGCGACAGCUGGUCACCGCCACUACAAGAGCCGCCCUCAAUGACGGCGGCUUCUCGCAUGUGCCCUUGAUCGUGGGAUGUGGAAGCCAGAGCACGCGCGAGACUGUACAAUACUGCUAUGAGGCUUGGGAGGCUGGCGGUGACUAUGCGCUCGUCCUAGCCCCGUCCUACUAUGCCACGUUAUUUGCCCCGGCCUCGGAAACCAUCCUGGAGUAUUUCACAAGAGUCGCAGACAAAUCCCCUAUUCCCAUCAUAAUCUACAACUUUCCUGGUGCCGUGGGGGGCAUGGAUUUGUCGUCCGACAUGAUCAUCACUCUUGCACGACAUCCAAAUAUUGUAGGCGUGAAGUUGACAUGCGGCAACACAGGGAAACUGAACAGGGUAGCCGCAGCGACCCGUAAGCUUUCAAAACACAACUCGAAGGCGCCCGUGUUCCUUGUCCUCGCAGGUUCCGCCGACUUUCUGAUCCCUUCUCUGGCCGGAGGUGGUCACGGCAUCCUGGCAGGCUUGGCCAACAUUGCCCCGAGAGCAUGCAUCAAGGCCAUGGACCUCUAUCUGCAAGGUAAUGUUUCCGAAGCACAAAAGAUGCAGGAAGUGGUCUCACAGGGCGACUGGACGGCGAUCCAGGGCGGUGUGGUCGGUGUCAAGGCUGGACUACAGGCUUGGAUGGGUUACGGAGGCUUUGCACGAAGUCCACUGCCGAGGCCAGACACAGAGCAAACGAAGCGAUGGAGGGAAGGUUUCCGGGACCUUGUGAUGCUGGAGAGAUCACUCUAA